GAAAAGAAAUUAGCAAGGGUUUAAAGCAGAGAAGGAAGGAGGAAGGAGAAGAAUGCCGGCCGCGAUGAAGCUCUGGAGAUGGCGAUUUUAGGGUUCUUGGCGGGGUUGGGCGGGGAAGGCAAGAGAUCUUGGCUUUUGGGUCUGAUUGAUCGAUCGAGAUCGGGGAUCGAUCGAUUGUCGCGAGCAAGAUGGGCUCUUCUUGGGCGUGAUUGAUCAGCCAGGAGAAAUACGAGCCCCUUGUGAUUGAUCGCAUCGAAUUGAGAGGGAGAGGGGAGGGAAUCGAGCGAGAGAGAUUGAGAGAGAGAGAUAGAUCGAUCCGGCGAGCGAUCAAGCUGGCGAGCAAGAUGCCGGGGCUCAAGAAGAUGCAGGUCCAAAAUCUGCAAGUGCCCCACUACUUCCGGUGCCCGAUAUCGCUGGAGCUGAUGCGCGACCCGGUGACGGUGGCCACGGGCCAGACGUAUGACCGCUCCAGCAUCGAGAAAUGGGUGAGCGACGGCAACGCGACGUGCCCGGCCACGAUGCAGCGCCUCACCGAUCUCACGCUCAUCCCAAACCACACGCUGCGCCGCCUCAUCCAGGAGUGGUGCGUCGCCAAUCGCUCGCGUGGCAUCGAGCGCAUCCCCACGCCCAAGCAGCCCGCGGACCCGCAGCGCGUCGCGGCGCUCGUCCGGGACGUGACGCGCGGUACCGCCGGCGGUACCGCGUUGCAGCUCUUACUGCCGGCACUGCGCAGCCUCCGCGCGCUGGCCAAGGAGAACGAUAAGAACCGAGGUCUGAUGGUGGAGGCCAAUGCGGUUUCGGCUCUUAUCCGUGCCAUGUUUAGGAUCCCUUCCUCCUCCAGCGACGACGACGACGAUGACAAUCUCUCCUCGUCGUGCUCUUGCUCCUUCGAUCCCGAUUCCUUGUCGUGCUGCGCGCCGCUAGAUCACGACCAACAUCUUGGCGAUUCCCUGGACGUGGAGGAGUCGUCGCUGGCGGUGCUGGUGCUCCUCCCGCUCAAGGACAGCGAGCGGCGAUCCAUCGCGCAGUGCCGGCGGCGGCUGGGCGCCGUGUCGCGGAUCGUGCGACGCGGGCGGAGCAUGGACGCGCGCAUCAACGCGGCGGUACUGGUGGAGAAGAUCGCGUCGGACGCGCCCGAGGCGGCGAAGCUGGCCAUGGGCCAGAUCCCCGGCCUGCUCGAGGGCCUCGUGGAUCUCCUCCGGGGCGACCACUCGGCUGUGUCGCCGCGCGCGCCCAAGUCGGGCGUCAAGGCGCUCUUCUCGCUGUGCCUGUGCAGCGCGGCAUCCAACAGCGAGCGGGCGGUAUCGGCCGGCGCCGCGGCGGCGCUGGUGGAGCACCUCCCGGCGGCACAGCACGGCGACGCGGACCGGACCUUGGGUGCGCUGGAGCUGCUGUGCCGGACGCGGGCGGGGCGGGAGGUGGUGGCGCAGCACGCGCUGGCGGUGCCGGCGCUGGUGGCGGCCAUCCAGUGCCGGAGCUCGUUCCAGGCGGCCGAGUGCGCCGCCGGGACGCUACUGGCGGUAUGCAGCGGGAGCGAGGAGGUACAGCUGGCGGCGGCCGAGGCCGGGGUGCUCACGCAGCUACUGCUGCUCAUCCAGAGCGACUGCACGGAUCGGGCAAAGAGGAAGGCCGUGGAGCUGCUCAAGCUGCUCCGGCGGUGGUGGGCGGAGGACCCGUGCCUGGCGGAGCUGGACAGGACGGACGUGGUGGCGUUCUAAGCGAUGGCGGUACGGCGCCCAGCUCUAGCUAACGGCCAGCGGCACACCGCGCGGUAUGCCGCCAGUGCUCAAGAGACCGACCGAGAACCGCAAUGCAAUGCCGGUACUUUUACUAUCUACGUGCCCACACCGUACAUUUUAAGCGAUUAUAGGGAGGGAGGAGGGUUGUUUUUUCCGUGCUGUUUUUGUGAUUUGGGGGGUUUUACGCAAACUACACUACGUACUAGUUGGCCAGCUUUUAGUCUUGGGUGAGGUUCUUGAGAUUUUCUUCUUUAUCCAUGUUCCAACACCAUGGUGUAUAUAUUGUGUCAAUAUAUUUUUGACAGCA